CCCACUUCUGAGACCCUCCCCCUGGCCCUCCUUCCCGAAGCCGAAGACCCUGGCAGGGGUCUUGGAAGCCAGAGGUGCCUGCUCAGGAUGUCGCCCUUUGGUCGCCUGUGUCUCCUGGUCUUCGCUGGCCUGAUUCUCCCCACCAGAGGACAGACAUUGGAGGAGGCCACAUCCAUUACUCUAGCAGACCCAGUCACUGAGAACGUUCAGGUCCUGACUCCAGCCCCAGACACCGUCCACCCAGAACUCCAGCCCACUCCUCAGACUUCAACCCUGCAGGCUGAAGCAACCCCAAACCAAAUGGAGAUGCACACCCAGCAACCGACGGAAAUGGAUGUGCUUCUAACAACAGGUCCGGGGACAGACAAGAGCAGGACGCAAGGCCCCACGCCCCCCAAGACCCGACUCCCAGGCAAAAACGUCAAGAGGGACCCCGCCCUCAGGCAGACUGGUUCAAGCGAGGACGACCCCUUCUCCUAUGACGAGAGCACCCUCCGGAAACGGGGGCUGUUGGUGGCAGCCGUGCUGUUCAUCACCGGCAUCGUCAUCCUCACCAGCUGGGCUCAGCUGGACGGUUCUUCUGGUUGCAGCUGGAUUUAUUCACGCGUCUGAGGUCAGCCGCAGGUGGCAAGUGUAGGCAGUUGCCCCGGUUAUGCUGGAGUCAUGACAGAUGAGUCUGUCAGAAGUGGGGGCUGAUGACCUGAUGGGCACCCCGACACUGAGCCCCCGCUGGCUCACCGUGCCUGGCCUCCUCCCUCCCCUCGAAGGACCUACAGACUAGUCAACAAAGCCCAGCCUGAGAGGUAGGACGUGGAUGGAGCCAGAGCCGGAACUGGUGGCCUGAGCCCCCUACUCUCCCAGCCCUGCCCUCCCUGAAGGCUGACUGGCUCCGCAUUUAUCCAUUCUGUUCCGACAAGAAGUAAAGCACUGUGGUCUUUG